ACACCAAACUUCAACUAACCAUGGAAAACCCUCCUUCCAUGUCCUUCAUCUUUCUCCUCUGCAAUUUCUGUCUUUCAAUGGCGGCUUUGAACGACGAGGGCACCGCCCUUUUCUCCUUCAAACAGUUCAUCACAGAAGACCCAGACGGCUCCCUCAGCAACUGGAAUUCUUCAGAUCAAAACCCUUGUUCUUGGAAUGGCGUUACAUGCAAUGAUCUAAGAGUCGUUUCCCUUAGUAUUCCCAAGAAGAAUCUCAAAGGGAUUCUCCCUUCUUCGUUGGGGAUUCUUUCUCACCUUCGCCAUGUGAAUCUAAGGAACAAUAAACUCCAUGGAACUCUGCCAUUGGAGCUUUUCCAAGCUAAUGGAAUACAGAGCUUGGUGAUUUUUGGGAAUUCCUUUUCUGGGUUUGUCCCAAAUGAUGUUGGUAAGCUCAAAAACCUUCAAAUCUUGGAUUUAUCUCACAAUUUCUUUAAUGGGUCGUUGCCUGUUUCGUUGAUUCAAUGCACAAGACUUAGAAUUCUUGAUAUUAGUCACAAUAAUCUUACCAAUGCUCUGCCUGUUGGAUUUGGUUCUAGUUUGAAUUUCUUGGAAAAAUUGGAUGUUUCUCACAAUAUGUUCAAUGGUUCAAUCCCUAUGGAUAUUGGUAAUCUCUCUAGCUUACAAGGAACUGUUGAUUUCUCAUAUAAUUUGUUCUCUGGUUCAAUCCCUGCUAGCUUAGGAAACCUUCCUGAAAAGGUUUAUAUUGAUCUUAGUUAUAAUGAUUUGAGUGGUUCAAUACCCCAAAAUGGUGCUCUUAUGAACAGAGGACCUACUGCUUUCAUUGGUAAUCCUGGUCUUUGUGGACCUCCAUUGAAGAAUCCGUGUUCUUCGGAAGCUCCAGGCGCGAGUUCGCCGUCAUCGUUCCCGUUUUUCCCGGAUAAUUCUCCACCUGGGAGGUCUGAGGGUGGUAAUGGUAGUAAGUAUGACAAAGGAGGGUUGAGUAGGAGCACGUUGGUUGCAAUAAUCGUCGGCGACAUUAUCGGUAUCUGUCUGAUUGGGUUGCUGUUUUCGUAUUGCUAUUCGAGGUUUUGGACUCGUAGAAAUGGGAAGAAGGUAGACGAAUCUAAAGAUGGUUUUCAGAAAGGAAGAAGAAAGGAUUGUCUCUGCUUUCAAAAGGGUGAAUCCGAGAAUGUUUCGGAGCAUGUCCAGCAGUUUGAUCUCGUACCUCUUGAUUCAAACGUGACGUUUGAUCUCGACGAACUUCUUAAGGCAUCGGCGUUCGUUUUGGGGAAAAGUAGUAUCGGGAUAGUGUAUAAAGUCGUGCUCGAAAAUGGCCUCACUUUAGCUGUGAGAAGAUUGGGUGAAGGAGGUUCACAAAGGUUUAAAGAGUUUCAAACUGAAGUUGAAGCAAUUGGGAAGCUAAGGCAUCCAAAUGUUGUUGGCCUUAGAGCUUAUUAUUGGUCUGUUGAUGAAAAACUGCUUAUUUAUGAUUACAUAUCAAAUGGAAGCCUUGCAUUUGCCAUUCAUGGGAAGCCCGGGACAUCGUCGUUUACACCGUUACCGUGGUCUGUUCGGUUAAGAAUCAUGGAAGGUAUUGCAAAAGGGUUGGUUUACUUGCAUGAGUUUAGCCCCAAAAAGUAUGUCCAUGGCAAUUUGAAGACGAACAACGUACUUCUCGGACACAACAUGGUACCUCAUAUUUCAAAUUUCGGGCUUGCUCGACUUGUUAACAUCGCUGGAGGAUCUCCGACUCUGCAAUCGGGUCACUUGACAGACGAAAAACCCCACGAGAAACAGCUUAAGUCUGCAACUUCUGAAGCUAGUACAUUCAGUUCUAAUAUGAAUACUUACUACCAAGCCCCAGAAGCUUUAAAGGUCGUGAAGCCAUCCCAGAAAUGGGACGUUUACUCGUUCGGUGUGAUAUUACUCGAAAUGAUCACUGGAAGGUUGCCGAUAGUUCAAGUUGGAGUGUCGGAGAUGGAUCUUGUUCAAUGGAUUCAACUCUGCAUUGAGGAAAAGAAGCCGCUUUCGGAUGUUAUAGAUCCGUCUUUGACACCGGACGACGAUUCAGACGAGGAGAUUAUCACGGUUUUGAAGAUAUCUUUAGCUUGUGUUCAAAAUAGUCCCGAAAGAAGACCGACGAUGAGACAUGUUUCUGAUGCAUUGAGUAGGAUGGUUGUGAAUCCAAAGUGAACAAUGAAUCGUUCAUACUCGAAAGCUCGAGCUCCCUCAUAAAGGGUUUGAAACAAAACUCUGGCUUUUCGUACGCUCGUGUAAAUGAAGAUGAUUUAUGUUCGUUCGAAUGAAAACUCGUUAGAAUUUGUUUUUCUUUUACUGUCUAGAAAGUUUGUUGAAGAAAUGGGUGUGUUCUUCAGUUGAGCUUUAGAGUUGUUAAGAAGGCAGUGUUUGAAGUGGGAAAUGGCUGACUUUUACAUGAGCGUGAUUGUAGGGACGAGCCCCUGCAAAUUCUGCA